AUGGAAGCAUCUCUUUCCUCCUCAGACGCUUUGUUGGCGGACCUGGAAUCCACGACAUCCCACAUCUCCAAGCAUCCUGUGUUCCUAUCUGAGGAGACGCCCUACUCUUUCCCCACUGGGGGAAACUCUUACCAGGAUGUGUCAGUCCCUCCCCCGGUGCCGCCCCCUCCCUCUGCUGAGGCUCUGAAUGGUUCUGUGAUCGACUCCCCUGACUCCCUCCACUCCUCCCAACAGGUCAGUCACACAUCAGACCCACUACUCACACUUGCGCAUAUCAUUCAGUAAAUGGCUUUUCAUUACUAAACUGAGUGAAUGUUCUCUUCUCUGCAGUCCUUGGGUUCAGCUCAGAAGAGCUCAUGGUCCAGGGGCAGUAGCAGCCCGCCCCUGUCCCACAUUGAAGAGGACCACGUCUACAGGUAGGCAGAAGGGCCAUAGGAACAGAUCCCUCUGAAGGGACCCCCACUGGGAGACUACUAGACCGUCUCACUCUGUCUGUUUUUUACACUCGACCACAAUUGACACCCAUUGUCUCUCAGUUUCCCCAACAAACAGAAGUCUGCUGACCCAUCUGCGGCUGCCAUGAGCUCAAUGCUAGGCAGUAACCUGUCAGAGCUAGACAGGCUGCUCCUGGAGCUCAAUGCUGUCCAGCAGAACUCUCCCUCUUUCCCCACCACAGGUAGACAGACAGUGAAACACAUCCUACAAAAAUAUUCACUAGGUUUUGGUGUUUAUAUUACCAAAGUGGCACUUCUCUGUCAUUUAACUGUGCAAUAGGUGGUCUUGUCUUUGCAGUAUGUGUUUACUGCAUGUUACUGUGAUGAUGAACGAUGUCCCACUGUCCUCUCUACCCACAGAGGAAACCGCCCCACCCCUGCCAUCCUGCAGCAUUACCAACUAUGUGCAGCAGAACGGGGGGCACGCUGACAUCAUGGUGAGCCCUCCCGUUCAGGAGAAGCCCAAACAGAAUGGGACCAGGGUGGUGGAGGAUGGCCGGCCCACAGUGGAGAGUCUGCUGGAUGAGCUGGAGGGUUCUGUACCCAAUCCCAGGUAAGAAUAUUGGCAGUUACUCCUAUUCAAGAGUCACAGAUGGACAAGGAUGAGUUUGUCAUCACUUUGAAUUAUAGGAUAAUGCUAGCUAGCAAUGAGAUCAUGUUAAUAAUCUACUGUAGCCUUGAUUGUGGUGCUCUAUCUGAUCAUGUGCUAUGAUUGAAUGAAUAAUGACUUGUUUCAGGGGGUCCAGGUUGGAUUGUGUGUGUGAUCAUGUGCUUUGUUUGUGUAUUCUGCAUCCCCAGCCCCUCUGUCCUUCACAGUGAGUUGGACUCCUCCUCUCAGCAGCAGGCCAGAAUCUCAGCAUCCUGUGCUACACGCGAGCUUGACGAGCUCAUGGCCUCCCUGUCCGACUUCAAGGUGCACAGCAGUGUGUGUGGACAGGACUUACGCUUGUCCUUUUUAUGAAAAAAUCCUAUAUUUUCUGAUCUGAUUAUUUCCCUUUAAUAUCUUCCUCCUCUUGUGGUGUCCUUUUCCUCUCUCCUGUCCUGUCCUGUCCUCUAGCCUGUUCUUGGCUCCUUCGGGUCUAUGAACUUUGAUCCCCAGCUGGAUCAGGCAGAAACCUCCCCCAGCAGCACUCUGAAGGUCCAUCCACGUACCCCCUCCGCCCCUGCUGCAGCUGCAGCUGCCCCCUCCCCCCUUCUCCCCUCUCAACCUGCCUGUGACUCCCCUCUCUUCUCUCUGCCUGCCUGGGAGCUGCACAUAGAGGAGGAAGGUAGGGGGGCAGUGUCCCCUCCACAUCCAUCAUUAUCAAACCCUCCCCCAGCAACUGUAACCUCCCAGAGCCCUCUGUCCUUUGCAAAGAGUGACCCAGAACCAGAAGUCUUCAUCGACAUCUCUCCCACCAUGCUGUCCUCUCAUCAGAAGUCCUUGGUAGUCCUCAACCACUCCAAACCUUCACCUAGCACAGACCCCAGUCCUCCCAAUGCUGCUAAACCAUCACUCACCUCAGCCUGCACCACCCUGGACCAGAACCCCUUAAAAUUCCCUAGUCCCUCUAUAGAAUGUGGCAUAACUCUCUCUGUUACCAAAAGCCCCAGUCCCCUAACUGACAUGGAUCUAAGUUUAUCUACUCAAACUACUACUAAGAGCCUUAGUCCUGUUCCUUUCUCUAACUCCAAGUCCCCUUUACCUCUCUCAGCUUCUGUCACCAAGUCCCCUACUCCUCUCACUUCUUCUAAAGCCCCCUCACCAUCUCUGGUCACGUAUCCCAAGGCUCCCUCUCCCCCAGCUCUCACUAGCCCCAAGAUCUCCAGGAGAGUGCUGGAGCCAGUCCCUGUAGCUGAGCCCUCUCUGGAUGAAGCCCUGGAUAAGCUGCUGGCCAUGAGUUUCACCAAGAUGGAGAAUGAUAGAGUCCCUAUGGAGGCACCUUGGCUGAAGAGGGAGGUGGUGCAUGAAGAGUGCAUCAUGCCCUUAGCCAGAAGGGAGGUGCAGCCGGACACCACCGGGAGUACCCGGGACGGGGCAAGUACCCAUGAAGGGACAAUUACCCGCGAUGGGUCAGUAAUGAGUGGACACAUAGAUGGGCACAGGGAGCUCAUGGACUGGGCUGAUGUGGAGCUGAACAUGUGUCUCCAAGAUGGACUGGAUGGUAGUAUGACUCCUAAUACAGAGAGACCUUAUACAGAUGGGAGCAUGACCCCGAUGACUGAGGCCAGCUGGAUGGAUGAGUCCCUGGAUGGCUCCUCCUGUCCUGGGACUCCUGAUGCUUCCCUGGACCUGCCUCUGCUGCAGCAUGUCACCGUGGACAGGGUCUCGGCAUCUGGACAUGUACGGGACUGCCCUCGCCAUCACACUUUUCUGCUCUGCACAAACACACAUAGAAACAACAGGGUUGGGUAGGUUACUUUCUAAAUGUAAUCCAUUAGUUACUACUUACCUAUCCAAAAUUGUAAUCAGUAACGUCAUCUGAUACUUUUUGAUUACUUUGCCCUUAAGAGGCAUUAGAAGACUAAAAGGAUCCAUCAAACGCAUUUGGUGUGUCAUCAUAGUCGUCUCCAGACUUGCUCAGGUGGAAGAAACUUAAACUAGCACCUUUUUUCAAUGCCGACUUGAAUGUCAUUGAGAAAACAGAAAGGUGUCAAUGUAUUGUUUUUGCAAAUGUAUUUUCAAAAUUUUUAAGUUACAUUGUUUUUUUAAAAAGUAUCUGUAAUCUGAUUACAAUAUUUUAGCUGAUAAUGUAACUGACUAGUUAAUCCGAUUCCAUGUAAUUCGCUACUCCCCAACCCUGGUCAGAGUUAAAUGUUAUUCAUACAAUAGCAUAACACAUUUCUGUAAUCUCAGAAAGAUGGUCGUUUUGAUACCAAAACAUCUGUUAUUCUUUGUUGUUGUUGAGAUAAUGUCAUUACAAUCUGCACACCAGGAUGUUUGCUGCCUCUGCAGAGUGGCUAAUUGUUCACUGCCUGGCUGUGUCCUUUGUUGGCAUGUUUUGUUAAAACCAAACAAUUAGAUUUGUGACCACAUCCUAUGACUACCUUACUUGUUGUACCAAUGUGGCAUGACGCCCCCAUCUUGCACAACCAUGUUCUGCUAAAUGGUCAGGGAGCAUAUGGGGACUGUGGGGAGGUUGGAUGGGGUCUGAGCACGUAAGGCCGCAUGAGUGUGACUGACAUGUUCCUUUGGACAUGACUUUACCCACUGCUGCUACACACCCUUGAGGAGAUGGCUGCCUUUGGCUUUGAGUGAACUGGAAUGGUGCUUCAUCUGAAUGGACUGCUUCCUCUGAACUGAACCACUCACCUGGCCUGCGGUAUUGUAACUGGAUCACAGUGGAUUCCUGAUGCUCGUUCUCCUUCUAGCUUAAAUCAGUGAUUAGGCGCACCAAGGAGACCCCCAACGUGCACCCCAUGUACCGAGAGAGUCACCCCCGGAGGGGGCGGGUGGGCCCCAUCAUUGUCAACAAGAGCAGCUCCCAGGACCGCCUCAUAGAGGAGCUGCAGGGGAAGCUGGGGAUUGGUCGAUUGGCUGACCGCCGGCGUAAGCAGCCUGACGAUUGGCUCACUGAGGGUGUCAUCGUCAUGUCCAAGCCACAGCGUUUCCGUGGUGACGGGGCUGCGAACGAGGUGGACAAGGUUGGCCUGGAUACGAUCAUAACAGGAUCCCACCAUCCCAGAUACUAUUGCACAUUUCUCAUGAAUUUUUACUCUGAAAUUUCACUUCACUUUCCGUUCUUUACCUUUUCAUUUUCUCUGGUUGUCCCUGUCUGUCUUCUUCUUCUCCUCAGAUCAUUAUUCCCCCAGAGUCACCUAUAACUCAGAGGGUCAUUUCCCCACCCCAGUCUCCCCCAGCCCCUCGUCACCCUCCUAUUAUAGAAGAACCCAGGAGACCCCCACCUAUGAAGCAGACCUCUGCUCCCCUACCUCCUACCCCUCCCCCCUGUCCCCCUCCUCAACCUCCUCCACCCCAGGAACCCAUCCCUCCCCCACCUCCGCUUGUACAACCUCCACCCCCACCUGUCCCAGUACAGCAGCCCCCUGCCCCCAAGCCAGAGCCCGCUGCCCCAGCGCCGCCUCCACCGGUGCAGCCUGCGCCACCACCACCUCCCCCCAAAGCCCUGGUGUCCGUUGGCUGUCAAACCGAAUACGACCCAAUAUUACCUCCGAUGCAGGCAUGGCUCUCCGUCUCUACCUUUCUAUUUCUGAAGUGACAGAACCCCUUAUCUCUUUCUCACUGGCUUCAGUUUCCUUCAUUAAACCCACUGUUUAGUUAGUUAUUUGUGCAGAUUUGUUUGUAUGAGAGAAUGCACUAUGCUCUGGUGUCCGUACUCUCCUCUCACCCUCCAUCUUUUGACAGAUCAUGGCCCAGGGGAAAGGUGUCCCUGGAGGCCUCCCAACGCAGGUCAACAAGCUGGACAACAUGCUCGGCAGCCUGCAGUCUGACCUCCAUAAGCUGGGUGUGCAGACUGUGGCCAAGGGAGUGUGUGGGGCCUGCUGUAAACCCAUCGUGGGACAGGUGAGGGGAUUGGGUGGGCCUGAGAUUAGGCUUUGGUGACCUUUCUAAGACCAUUGUCUCUCAUUACGUUACAUUUAAUUGCUGAGCUUUGUUAGCGUGGUUAAUUUACAUAUACUGUCGAUCUGUGUGUCCAGGUGGUAACUGCCAUGGGGCGCACGUGGCACCCAGAGCACUUUGUGUGCACACACUGUCAGGAGGAGAUAGGCUCCAGGAACUUCUUUGAGCGUGACGGAGCGCCCUACUGCGAGAAGGACUACCACAACCUGUUCUCCCCACGCUGCCACUACUGCAACGGACCUAUUCUGGAUGUAAGCAAACACCAUAUACUACAAAAAUAACUUAUUACAACUAAGGCAGUGCACAGAUACAGUCUCGCAAUAGCAGCUAGCAGAGAGUAACUGUUCCAAUGAUUAUGUCUACAGAAAGUUGUGACUGCGUUGGACAGGACAUGGCAUCCUGAACACUUCUUCUGUGCUCAGUGUGGAUCAUUCUUUGGCCCAGAGGGUGAGUUUGACCAAUUCUUGGAGCUCACUUGUAAUGACCAGUUCUAGAGUGAGAUGCAGAACUCAUGAUCUGUAUGUGUCUCAUGAAGGCUUCCAUGAGAAGGAUGGGAAGGCGUACUGUAGGAAGGACUACUUUGACAUGUUUGCGCCUAAAUGUGGCGGCUGUGCCCGAGCCAUCCUGGAGAACUACAUCUCUGCACUGAACUCCCUUUGGCAUCCAGAGUGCUUUGUCUGCAGGGUCUGUAUUCUGCCCUUUUCCCUUCAUAUAAGGGCAUUCAUGUUGAUGUUAUUAUUCCUGACUCGUGUACUUACUCAUUACCCCCUCUGUUUGUGUAUGCAGGAGUGCUUCACCCCAUUUGUGAAUGGGAGUUUCUUUGAGCAUGAUGGGCAGCCCUACUGUGAGGUGCACUACCACGAGCGCCGUGGUUCCCUCUGCUCUGGCUGCCAGAAGCCCAUCACGGGCCGCUGCAUCACAGCCAUGGCCAAGAAGUUCCACCCGGAGCACUUUGUCUGUGCCUUCUGCCUCAAGCAACUCAACAAGGGCACCUUCAAGGAGCAGAACGACAAGCCCUACUGCCAGGGCUGCUUUGUGAAACUCUUCAGUUAAGGAGUAGAUUGUCUAUGCCUGGAGAUUUGUGUGUGUGUGUGUGUGGCUCACAAGUGUGUGUAUGGGGGAAGUGUCUGUGUAGCUCAGGUAGUGUGUGCGAAUCAGAUUGAGUGCAUUUUAGAAAGUGUGAUGGUGUGCGCGUGUGUAGUUCCAUCAUUCUCCUAUUAGCCCCUGAAGUGUAAUGGACAUCCAUAUCAGGUCUAGGCCUGUCUGCUCUCUCUGUGAUGCUCAGAAUAGCGUAUGA